UCUUCUUCUCCAUAACCCAUCUCUCUCUAUCUCACCAUUCACCAUGAUCAAGCUCAUAGUCGAAGUUCAGGAUGCAAGUGACCUCAUGCCCAAGGACGGCGACGGGUUCGCAUCUCCCUUUGUUGAGGUCGACUUCGACCAGCAGAGACAGCGGACACAGACCAAACCCAAAGACCUGAAUCCUUACUGGAACGAGCAGCUGGUCUUCAACGUCACCAACCCAAGAGACCUUUCCAACAACACCAUCGACGUGGUUGUCUACAAUGACAGAAAGUCCGGCCACCACAAGAACUUCCUCGGCCGGGUCCGAAUCUCCGGCGUCUCCGUCCCUCUCUCCGAGUCAGAAGCCACGCUCCAGCGCUACCCUCUUGACAAAAGAGGCCUGUUCUCCAACAUCAAAGGCGACAUCGCUCUUCGAAUCUACGCAGUUCAAGAUCACACUAGUGCUGCUCAACCACAGCAACAUGAAUAUGGUAAUGUCGAAACCGGAACUGCUAGCGUCGAGAUUCCUCAGAUGUUUUCUACUACUCCUCUGCAAGAAAUCAAUGGUAAUAAUACUCAUAGGAUCGAUGAGCAAGCCGAGCAUCAUCAUCAUCAUCAAAUGGGUGAGAAGCCGAUGAAGAAGAAGAAGGAACAUGAAGUAAGAACAUUCCACUCCAUUGGAACAGGCGGCGGCGGCGGUGGUGGAUUCUCUCAUUCUCAGCCACCUUCGUCCGGGUUUGGGUUUGAAACCCAUCACCAGAAAGCACCCCACGUAGAAACAAGGACGGAUUUUGCUCGGGCGGGUCCUGCCACGGUUAUGCAUAUGCAGCAGGGACCUCCGAGGCAGAACCCGGAGUUUGCGCUGGUGGAGACUAGUCCACCACUCGCGGCCCGGCUCCGGUAUAGACCCGGCGGGUUUACAGGGGAUAAGACCUCGAGCACAUAUGACUUGGUGGAGCAGAUGCAUUACUUGUAUGUGAGUGUGGUGAAGGCUAGAGAUCUUCCGACCAUGGAUGUGUCUGGAAGCCUUGACCCUUAUGUGGAAGUGAAGCUUGGGAACUACAGGGGUGUCACCAAGCACUUGGAGAAGAAUCAGAACCCGGUUUGGAAGCAGAUUUUCGCUUUCUCCAAGGAGAGGCUGCAGUCGAAUUUGCUGGAAGUUAGUGUGAAAGACAAGGAUUUUGGGAAGGAUGAUCAUGUGGGGAGAGUUUUCUUUGAUCUAACUGAAGUUCCGGUUCGUGUUCCGCCGGAUAGUCCUCUUGCUCCUCAGUGGUACAGAUUGGUGGACAAGAAAGGGGACAAGGUUAGAGGGGAGAUCAUGCUUGCUGUUUGGAUGGGAACUCAAGCUGAUGAGUCAUUUCCUGAAGCUUGGCAUUCUGAUGCACAUGACAUUAGCCAUGUUAAUCUUGCUAGCACAAGAUCAAAGGUUUACUUCUCACCGAAACUGUAUUAUCUUAGAGUUCACGUUCUUGAAGCUCAGGACCUUGUCCCUUCAGAAAGAGGCAGACCUUUGGACACAUAUGUGAAGGUACAGCUUGGUAAUCAGAUGAGGGUCUCAAGGCCUUCUCAGGUUCGCACUAUUAAUCCAAUUUGGAAUGAUGAGCUCAUAUUGGUUGCGUCUGAGCCGUUUGAAGAUCUCAUAGUCAUAUCAGUGGGUGACAAGGUUGGACCUGGCAGGGAUGACUUGUUGGGAAUGGUGUUUCUUUCGGUUAGAGACAUUCCACAAAGACAUGACACUCAUAAGCUUCCUGAGCCUCUUUGGUUUAAUCUCCAGAAGCCUUCAGUGGCAGCUGAAGAGGAAAGUGAGAAAAAGAAAGAAAAGUUUUCAAGCAAGAUUCAUCUCCGCCUCUAUUUGGAUGCAGGGUAUCAUGUUCUUGAUGAGUCUACACAUUUUAGCAGUGAUAUGCAGCCUUCUUCCAAGCACCUGAGGAAAGCAGGCAUUGGAAUUCUGGAACUUGGGAUUCUUAGUGCCAAGAAUUUGCUCCCAAUGAAGGGUAGGGAGGGUAGGACUACUGAUUCGUACUGUGUGGCGAAGUAUGGGAACAAAUGGGUGCGAACUAGAACACUCCUCAACACUCUGAACCCUCGCUGGAAUGAGCAGUAUACAUGGGAAGUGCAUGAUCCUUGUACUGUCAUCACCGUUGGUGUUUUUGACAAUCAUCAUAUCAAUGGAAGCAAAGAAGACGCCAGGGACCAGCGGAUUGGGAAGGUGAGAAUCAGGUUAUCCACUUUAGAAACUGAUCGGAUUUAUACACAUUACUAUCCUUUGUUGGUUUUGACGCCCUCUGGUUUGAAGAAGCAUGGUGAACUUCAGUUGGCACUGAGGUUCAGUUGUACAGCUUGGGUUAAUAUGGUAGCUCAAUAUGGAAGACCAUUGCUUCCAAAGAUGCAUUAUGUUAAUCCUAUACCUGUUAGGUAUGUUGAUUGGCUCCGCCACCAGGCAAUGCAGAUUGUGGCUGCACGGCUAUCUCGAGCAGAGCCACCAUUAAGGCGGGAGGCUGUUGAGUAUAUGCUAGAUGUAGACUACCAUAUGUUUAGUCUAAGGAGAAGCAAAGCCAACUUCCAACGUAUCAUGUCACUUCUCAGCGGAUUCACCAUGGUCUGCAGAUGGUUCAAUGACAUUUGCACCUGGAGAAACCCAAUCACUACGUGCCUGGUGCAUAUUUUGUUUGUGAUUCUAGUGUGCUACCCAGAGCUGAUCCUGCCAACAAUUUUCCUCUACCUCUUCGUGAUUGGUUUAUGGAACUAUAGGUUCAGACCAAGGCACCCACCUCACAUGGAUGCUCGGAUUUCACAGGCAGAGUUUGCACAUCCGGAUGAAUUGGACGAAGAAUUUGACAGCUUCCCUACAAGCCGACCCUCUGACAUUGUGAGAAUGAGGUAUGACAGGUUGCGUAGUGUGGCAGGUAGAGUGCAAACUGUGGUUGGAGAUUUGGCAACCCAAGGGGAAAGAGCUCAAGCUCUACUAAGCUGGAGAGAUUCAAGGGCUACUGCAAUCUUCAUCAUCUUCUCGUUGAUCUGGGCAGUUUUCAUAUACAUAACUCCCUUCCAGGUUGUGGCAGUGCUGGUUGGUCUCUAUAUGCUGCGGCAUCCACGAUUCCGAAGCAAGAUGCCUUCUGCACCUGUUAAUUUCUUCAAGAGACUGCCUUCCAAGUCAGAUAUGUUACUAUGAGAGUUUAGCAAUUACCUGCACUCGAUCACCUUCAUUAUUUUGUAAGAACCAGUUUAUUACUUAUUUACCUCAUUCUUGUAAAGAUAAGGGUUAUUCCAUUAAAUAAACCAAACGAUAACAGAAGGAAAGACAAAUGUGAAAAUGCUGCUUGCACUUUUCCUGUUUGUAUGUACAUCCCACUCUGCCAAUCCAAUCUGUCGACAAUUAUUUCC